AUGACGAGUCACUUAACGCGCAUGCAAUAUGAACAACAAAGGCUGAAUAGUUUGGGUAGAACCGGUAGCUCUUCCUCAUUACGUUCCAGUGAUCCUAUACGUGUUCCAACAACUACUUCAAUCCGUCCUGUAAAUCAGUCCAUGAAUCAAGAACCUACAGGAUCUGUUGUUUCAGGAUCUUAUAUAUCAUCUAAAUCCAGAUCACAAAUUGGUUCAGUUGGAAACGUUUACCAAAAUAUAAUAAAGAGUACAAGGCAAAUGGAUCCAUGCGUUUAUAUGUCAUCAAACAUGCAAACUGUCGAAAAUGGAUCGACUGUUUUGACUAAUAACAAUAGUAGAACUGGUAGCAUUUCAGGUUAUCAGCCAUCGGUAUUAUUAGCAAAGUCAACUCAAGGUACUCGUUCGCUCUACGCUCCUAGUCAUUUUAGAAUGUCGAGAAGCUUAAAAGCUUCCAAAGCUUCUCUGGCAACAUAUAAGAGUGGUAGAACAACAAUACAAGCUGAACAUCAUGAUCGUAAAGUCCAAAGAGAAAUAAAUUCAGUUAAGUUUGGUCGAGCAAAAAAACUAUAUUGGAUUGCAGUUGGAUUUUAUAUAAUGUUCUUACUGGUACUAUUCAUCGGUCUACUUAUCACAUGUUUACGGCAUGUUUACAUGAAUAUAAUCUUGUCAUUAGAUAUUGGUGAAUUAACUGGUCCUUUACUAAUUGCGUGUUCAUUUUUAUUCUUUGGUGCUGGAAUGAAAUUUUACUACGAUGCCUAUCGACUUGGCUCUGAAGAACGUAAACUCAUUAAGUAUAAAGCAGCUAGUCCAUCUACAGUAGCUGUAACCACUGUUGACCAACGAGUGACAGAUGGAGACGAAAAACUUGUCAGUGGACAAACAUCGAAAAAUGCUUUAAGUCGUGCUCCAAUCGGCUCAAGAACAACAUUAAUUAUGCCUUAA